AAAUAUGGAGACAUUUCCACAAAACAACUCUCAAAGAAAGUUUCACUUCCUGCUACAGAAACAUUCCCCUGGAGUGUUGCAAAGGAAGAUUAUGCAAUCCCGAACUGUCCAAUCAAUCAGAACCAUUUGGUCACAUGACCACACUUUUGAAAUCUGUUCCUAGGGUUGUUUUUUUCCCCACAAUGUCCUUAACAUGUGGACUGUGGGAAGCGGUGUGUUUCUGCUACUCCUCUUUUCCCCUCUGUGUGUGUCGGGGGGGAAGAUUUUGAUCUGGCCAGGAGAGCACAGCCACUGGAUCAACAUGAAGAACAUCGUGGAGGAGCUUUCUCGGAGAGGACACGCGAUCACAGUCAUCACCAACUCAGCCUCACCGACCGUAGCGGACAACAGCGCCACUGCUAGGUACCGCUUUGAAAUUCUCCAGGUGCCCCACAGCAAAGAACAGUUUAAUGAAAUGAUGGAUGAGAUCCUAAGGUACUGGACUUACGACAUGCCAAAUGAUAACAUCAUCCAGGCUGUACUGAAGAUGAAGCCCUUAAUGGAAACUAGCAUGGAAUUCAACAUGGCUACAGCCAGAACUUUUUUCUCUAAUACAGACUUGCUGGAGAGACUAAAGAGAGAACAGUACGACGUGAUACUCAGUGAUCCCAUAACAAUAGGUUUUGAGUACCUGGCAGAACAGCUGGAUAUACCAUUCGUUCUCAGUCUGCGGUUCUCCUUUGCCCACACAAUGGAAAGACUUUGUGGGCAGAUGCCAUCCCCUCAUUCUUAUGUUCCAGCCACAGGAUUGAGCUACACUGAUCAGAUGGAUUUCACACAGAGGCUGAAGAACACACUGUUCUAUCUGUCUCAAGACAUCGUUUUCCAUCUUGUUGCAAAGAUGACAAUUGAUGUCUUCUACAGUGAACUUAGUGGUAAGUAA